AUGGAUAAUAUGGAAAUCAUAGACACCGAAGGGGACGUGAUCGUGACUUGCGCUGAGAUGGUGUCGUUCCUUGUCUCUAGAAAAGCACUCUCGCUGGCUUCUUCCAAGCUCUGCGCAAUGCUCAAACCUCUUAUCGAAAGCGAAUCUGGCGGUUGCCUAACCCUCUGCCUACCCGAUGACGACCCCGAGGCGUUCCGCCUGUUCUUUCAGAUUGCCCAUCACAGACGGCUGCCUUCACCCGAUUCUCCCAGUGCCAAUCUUCUACAUAGCCUCGCAAUCAUUAUCGACAAGUACCGUUGUCGUGACGCAAUGGAACCCUGGGGCCGAAUUUGGCUCUCUCAGAUUCAUAAUCGCCGUCGUCCCCAAGAAGAUGUCUGGCAGUUUGUGCAGUUUGCAUACGUGCUCAAAAACACGAAAUCGUUUUUCAGGUAUUCCAGAGAACUGUUGUCUUUGGGGCUGGAUGAAUCCUGCAUUACGAAUCUUGGAUUGAUGCCGAACACGACGCUAGGUGCCUUCAAGGAAAAGAAACAACGGAUCUCGGAUGAUGUACAAGUGGCCAUCAUGGAAACGCAUGACAGAUUCGCGGAGUUUCAAUGUGCGUAUGCGAGGUCGUUUCUCGCGGACCAUGUUACUGGGUUGAAGACGGCCGGCCUUCUUCCAAGCACAGCGGUCUUCAAAGCAAAGAGUUUCAACCAAAUACAACGCGACGCAAAAUCUUUACGGCCGUCUAGCUAUGAGUGUGCACCUCAUGGUCGUUGCCGUUGCUCAGGCCUUUCCGGCUACAAACCCAAGGCAUCUUUGAAUGAUGGUCUAGAGAAGUGCUGGCAGAAAAUGGGUCUGUGCUUGCCAUGUUUCGAUGGAUACUGCGAGGAACACCCUAUAGUCUCCCAGUAG